AUGGCUGGUGUUAGGUCAAUCCGCACCUUGAAAAAAUAUCGCCGGCCCGACGAAAAGAUCAUAUGGACCGGCAACAGCGGGCAAGAGUAUCAGGAGUGUCGGAAGCGUGAUACACAAGAUGGCGGUCGUGAUCAUGACGCUUUCACUCCCCACCUCAUUACGCAGGUCGGUAUGCUUCGAGACGCAGAUUACACAGGAAAUGGUUUCAAAGUUGCGGUUAUCCAUACUCGUUACAUCAUAUUCUACAACAACGUACCUGGCAUCGAGGAUGUCUCGUCGACUCAUCCUCGGAUUCUUGCAGUGGCCAUGGCCACUGCAGAAGAAGGCGAGUAUUGGUUGCAGGCUCUAGCGGCCGGUUCCAAGGUGACGAGCGACCUCAUCGAGUCGGACACUGUCCUUGAGCAUGGUAAUAACACCAUAACUGGAGACUUUGCCAGCACCUUCACAUCAUGGGAUCCCACGUGGGAGGCUGAACUGAAGCCGCAGUUCGCUACACCUGGAGGACAUAUUCUAUUGCUCUGGCCAAGAGCAUUGGAGAGCUGCGCCGUGUUCGGUGGCACAUCGAUGGCCACUCCGCUCGUGUCUGGUGUUCUUGCUUUGAUGACCGGAAUCCGCGGACAUCUUGAUCCAGUCGAACUCACCAACAUAUUUGCUGCCACAGCCAAGUCUCAAUUCUUCAAUGAUGGAAAGCAGGCUUCCAGCCAACUCGCACCCGUUCCCCAGCAGCGAGCUGGCUUGAUCCAAGCGUACGGGGCUGCUUCCAUGACCACCAUUCUCAGCGUGCCGAGUCUCGCUUUCAACGAUACGGAGCACCUUAGCUCGUUGUUAUUCAGCAUCGAGAACAUUGGAGAUGCAGAAGUUACCUACACGCUUGACCACCGUCCUGUCGCCAUGGCCUACACAUUUGCUGCAGGUACCGGCCGCGCGGACACUUUCCCCAACGAGCUGACAGACGAUUAUGCGACUCUCCACUUCAGCAAGCCUGUCAUCACGGCCGAGGCGGGAAGAGAGGAGAAGGUCACAGUGUCUCUCGACCUUCUACAGCAUGUCGAUAACACUCGCUUACCUAUGUACUCUGGCUAUAUUGCGCAGUACGGUAUGAUGACAAGGUGUUGCACCUCCCCUACAUGGAGACAGCCGGCAGCAUGCGAGAGACGCUUGGGCUAG